AUGAAAGAACUUCUUCAACAGCGAUUUCUUCCUCGGGAUUAUACCCAAAAUCUCUACCGCCAAUUACUUGACUAUCAACAAGGAAAUCAUUCGAUUUCUGACUACACUAAGGAGUUCUUACGUUUGAAGGCCCGGUGCAACAUCCAGGAAGACGGCGACCUUCAAGUUGCACGAUAUAUCCGGGGAUUGAACUCCGAGAUCCGGGAGCAGAUUGGAGUUCAAAUUUUCAUGUCUUUAAUGGAUGCCCGAGAGAUGGCUGCACGAGCAGAGGCACGAUUGACCCCGCAACCCCCUCGGCUGACUUAUCCCCGACGAAACUACCGGGAUACUCCUCUACCUCAGGCAACCGAAGCUGCUCCUCCAUGA